AUGUAUCGAGAGUGAGUCUUUGAAUGAUAAAAAUCAUUCCGCGACAUGUCAGUCAGGAAAGCAACGAUUAUAAAUUUCCGAAUUCACUUCGACAUUAUUUUAUAGUUAAGUUAAUAGUGUAUUUUUGACAAAAACAUGGAACAGUAACACAGUGUUAAACAAUUUUAAUUUGUUGUUAUAGUUACAUUUUAUGUUAGCAAAUUCAUCGCGGGUGUUAUCAAUCAUCGUUUUUGUUGUUAUUUAUCAUUUCGUUCAACGUUUAUGAGUCGAAGGCUUUUUGAGGUCUUUUUGUUUAAAUUAGUUUCAAAUGUGAUCAGUGAAUAUUAGGAAUUGUUGUAAUGUAAAUAAAAAAAAUUGUUUGUACGCGCAUGCGUUUUUGUCUAAAACAGACAAAGGUUUUGUGUGAUUUAAAAAUCAGCUGUGUGUGCAAUGACUUAGUGAUACAAAAAGAGUGUGUUUGUAAGCAACAAUGAUUAGUGAAAUUGGAUAUGUAGUGUUUUUGCUGUUAGCUCUUCCUUACAUUGAAAGUGCGUCACGACGCCUGAGCGACUACGUGGAGCACUACGAGCCGCUGCAGUACGACUCGCGUGCGGUACACGCUCAGCACGCGCGCACACGCCGCUCGCUCGACGCGCCGGAUCUGCGCAUCGCCUUCCACGCACACAACCGCCGCUUCAAUCUCCGACUUAGGAGAGACCUCUCCGCCUUUAGUAAGGAUUUUAAGGUUGAAGGUUCCAAUGGCGAAAUCCACGAUGUGGACACGUCACAUAUAUACCGCGGCGACUUGGUCGACGACCCACACUCUACGGUGUUCGGUUCGGUGACAGAAGGUGUGUUCGAGGGGAAGAUGAUCACAAGCGACGGCACGUAUUACGUAGAGCACGCCCGCCGAUACUUCCCUCCCAACGGGACUCGAACCCGGGUCCACUCAGUUAUCUACAAAGAUAGUGACGUCAGUGAUCCCUACUCCCACAGACGACAUGGUCACGUGGGCGGUUGCGGUAUCACGGACGAAGUGGUGCAGUGGAUGGACCGCAUACAGAAUUCAGGGGUCGAUGACGAUCCACCGACAUCGCCCGCGCCCUCGCAGCCACAACCGUCGCACACACCACCACAUCCCAACAGUCUACGAGACGAUCCGCCUAGAUAUUGGGAGCAUCAUAACAAAUAUUCGAGAGCGGCGAACACAGGCGAGCACACACGUAAGCGGCGAGCUGCGAACGAUAACAGAAACACGUGUUCGCUCUUCAUAGAGACAGAUCCGCUCAUCUGGCGGCACGUCAGGGAAGGAUUCCCCGAUCAUCGAGAUAGAAGUAAAAAGAGUGAAGUGGAUAUGAAGACACGGGAAGAGAUCCUGUCGCUGAUAUCACAUCACGUGGAGGCCGUCAACUACAUAUACAGAGAUACGAAGUUUGACGGCCGCUUGCAGCAUAGGAAUAUUAAGUUUGAAGUACAACGAAUUAAGAUCGACGACGACUCUUUGUGCAGCUCGCACCACUUCGGCGCGGAGAACAACCAAUUCUGUCAGGAGAACAUCGACGUCUCCAACUUCCUCAACCUGCACUCGCUCGGUAACCAUGAGGACUUCUGCCUCGCCUACGUCUUCACAUACAGAGACUUCACCGGCGGCACGCUAGGACUUGCCUGGGUGGCGAGCGCCAGUGGGGCUUCUGGUGGUAUCUGCGAGAAGUACAAGACGUACACGGAGACUAAUGGCGGCAUGUACCAAAGCACCAAGCGUUCGCUCAACACCGGCAUCAUCACCUUCGUCAACUACAACAGUCGUGUGCCGCCCAAAGUCAGCCAGCUCACGCUCGCGCAUGAGAUCGGACACAACUUUGGAUCACCGCACGACUACCCAUCAGAGUGUCGUCCGGGGGGUCAGCAGGGUAAUUACAUAAUGUUCGCGUCGGCGACGUCUGGUGACCGACCCAACAACGGCCGCUUCAGCGCCUGCUCCAUCGGCAACAUCAGCGCAGUACUGGAUGCCGUGCGAGAGGAGCGCAAGCGCAACUGUCUCACUGCCAGCGAGGGCGCCUUCUGCGGCAACAAGAUCGUUGAGGCCGGCGAGGAGUGUGACUGCGGUUACGAUGAGAACGAAUGCAAGGACAGGUGUUGUUACCCGCGACAACUCAGCGCCUACGACAGGGAGCGGAACAGUACGGCCAAGGGCUGCACAAGGAAGGCGAAUACACAAUGCAGUCCAUCACAAGGACCGUGCUGCAACUCUGACACAUGUCAGUUUGUGGGCGCGGCUCGCAACCAGACCUGCCGCGAGGCCAGCGAGUGCAGCCACGCCUCGUACUGCUCCGGCCGCUCCGCAGAGUGCCCCACACCGCGCGCCAUGCCCAACCACACCAAGUGCAACAAUGAUACUCAGCUGUGCAUCAGCGGCGAGUGUCGCGGCUCUAUCUGCCUGGCGUGGAACAUGACGGAGUGCUUCCUGUCGUCGAGCCCGGCUGCUGCAGGUGACGGUGUCACGGCGGUGGUGGACAGGCGCGCGCUGUGCCAGCUGGCCUGCCAGACUGGACCCUCGCCCUCCACCUGCCGCAGCACGGCCACCUUCGCCAGCCGGGUCGGACUGCCCAAGGGAGGGAUCAGUUUGCGACCUGGUUCGCCUUGUGAUAAUUUUCAGGGUUAUUGCGACGUGUUCCUGAAGUGUCGCGCUGUGGACGCGGAAGGUCCGCUGGCGCGGCUGAAGAACCUGCUGCUGAACCGCGCCACGCUGCAGAGCCUGCAGGCCUGGGUCACGGAGAAGUGGUGGCUGGUGCUGCUGGGCGGCGUCGCGCUCGUCGUCUGCAUGGGCGCCUUCGUCAAGUGCUGCGCCGUACACACACCAUCCUCCAACCCCAAGCGACCACCAGCCAGACGGUUAUCGGAGACUCUCCGUCGUCCUAUGAACACGCUGCGUCGUAUGCGGGGGCCGGGGGAAGCGCGGCGCGAGGGCGCAGGGCGCGCCCCGCCCAGGCCCGGCCACCGCCGCGCGCGCACACACAAGGGCUACGCGCCGCCCCUCGCCUACGCGCCCAGGGACCUCGCAUCAGCGCCUCCUGGGCCGAGUGGUCGGAGACACGAUCCUUAUGCGAAUGCGUAUCCACAAUCCUACGAAAUGAGACCACCACAAAAGGUCUGACAGUACGAGCAAUGCCCAUCAGGGGUUGUAGAUGAGUGUGUGGGCGGGGCCGGGGGCGUUGUGGGCGGGGCGAGCGCGGCUGUGGGCGGGGGCGGGGGCGGGGCUCAGCUGGAGCUGGUAGCGCUGGCACCAGGUGUGCCGCUGCUGCUGGGCUACGUGUACCGAGCACCUGAUCACAAGGUGACUGUGGCUUCACAGACCACCAUCACUCUGCACUCACCAGAUACUCUGCAGGUCACAAGUCCGCAACGCUCACAAACUGAGAUUUGAGACUCGGUACAUUUGGACGGCGACGAAUAAUUGUACGUUUGUUUUUAAUAAUUUAAUAUGUUGCGUAGUUGUGUCAGUUUGUGUUAGUCUGUGCUAGUCAGUUGAAGUGCAUUUAAAAAACCUUCCUAUCAUUGCUCUUUAUCUUUACUAAUCGAAUGUUGACGGAUUAAAAAACAGUUUAUAUAAUACUUUAUAUGUAAACAGUGACCUAAUAAAACAAUAAUUACAGUCGAACCUAGAUAAACUAGAAUCUAAGGGACUGUGUAAUUUUUUUCGAUGAUAGAGGUAUCUCUCUAACCUGAAGUUCUCGAUUAUGGAAGUCCUGUGUUAGAACCUGAAUGACUCUAGCAUUUAGAGGUUUCUCCCUUAUCCUGGUUCGACUGUAGGACUGACACAGCUAGCUAUUUUAUUAUAAUAUAUAAAUAAUUAUUUUGUCCG